AAGCUAGUUUGAGAGGUUGAGCUUGGGAAAGAAAGAAAUAGAGGGUUACUGAUCAUGGUACAGAGAACAGUCUUGAAGGUUGAUAUUUCAUGCCAGAAAUGCAAGACAAAGGUGCUCAAAGCUGUGUCUACACUUGAAGGUGUAGAUACGAUCGAGGCUGACCAAGGAAAGGGAACAUUAACAGUAACAGGAAAUGCAGACCCGUAUGAGAUAAUACUGCGUACAAGAAAAACAGGGAAGCACGCAGAGGUAGUGAGCAUUGGGCCACCUCCGGCGCCACCAAAACAGGAUGGGCAAAAGAAGGCAGAAGAUAAAAAGCCUCAAGAGAAGAAGACUGAACAGAAGGCCCUGAUCUAUGAUCCAUGCACAUGCCCUCAGUGUCAGCCAGUGCUUCUCAUGCCACUGCCGGUGGGUCGGUGCGAUGAGCCCAACCCAUCAUGCUCCAUCAUCCGCAAACCUCCUCGAGUUUUCUGUAUUGGAACAGCUGAUACUAAGCUUGACGAGCUCCUAUUCCUCUCUGAUUCAGUCAGAUCCAAUCUCAAUUCUGCUUCUAAGGUACAGGUAGUUGUUGUUGAUGUUUCGGUUGGUAGCAAAGAGAUUGAGAGUGUUGGAGACUUUGAGUUUGUGUCCAGAAAGGAUCUUCUAGCUCCCUCUUUUGGUCCAGCUGGAACAACACAAAAUGUGCUUCCAGAUGAUAGAGGCCAAGCUAUUGCUGUAAUGAGUAGAGCUCUUAAGAAUUUCUUAGAAAAAGCUCAAGUGGUCGGUGCUCUUGCUGGAUCUGUUGGUCUUGGAGGCAGUGGGGGCACAUCUCUAAUAUCAUCUGCUUUAAGGUCUCUUCCUAUUGGAUUGCCGAAAGUCAUUGUAUCUACUGUUGCUAGUGGUCAAACUGAACCUUACAUUGGAUCAUCGGAUUUGAUACUCUUUCCAUCUGUCGUCGAUGUCUGUGGGAUUAAUAGUGUGAGUAGGGUUGUGUUAUCGAAUGCCGGUGCUGCUUUUGCUGGAAUGGUGAAUGGGAGGCUUGGGAGAUCUAAUGUUUAUUCUAGUGAUAAUGAGAGGUUCACUGUUGGUUUAACCAUGUUUGGAGUUACAACUCCGUGUGUGAAUGCUGUGAAGGAAAGAUUGGUAAAAGAAGGUUACGAGACCCUGGUUUUCCAUGCCACUGGGACUGGGGGCAAGGCCAUGGAAUCACUUGUUAGAGAAGGAUAUAUACAGGGUGUUUUAGACAUUACGACCACUGAGGUUGCAGAUUAUGUAGUUGGAGGUGUUAUGGCUUGCGAUAGUUCCCGUUUUGAAGCGAUCAUAGAGAAGAAGAUUCCUUUAGUGUUGAGUGUAGGAGCCUUGGACAUGGUCAACUUUGGUGCUAAGAAUACCAUACCUUCUAAUUUUCAGCAAAGAAAGAUUUAUGUCCACAAUGAGCAGGUCUCAAUCAUGCGAACCACAGUUGAUGAGAAUAAGAAGUUUGCUGGUUUUAUAGCAGAUAAGCUCAACAAAUCAUCAUCAAAGGUCCGUGUAUGCCUGCCACUAAAGGGUAUCUCAGCUUUGGAUUCCCCUGACAAGCCCUUUCAUGAUCCUGAGGCUACUGAUACUCUACUAACUGAACUACAGAAGCUUAUACUAACAACAGAAGAUCGGCAGGUAAAGUUGUAUCCUUAUCACAUCAAUGACCCUGAGUUUGCAGAUGCAUUGGUUGAUACAUUCUUAGAGAUUAGUUUGGGUAAGCCUAAGUGUUCCACUCAUCUCCAAAAUCCUGUUUCUGAACCCAAUCUAGAGCUUCAGGACGUUUCCAAUCUGAAUUCAUCAAGCUGUGAGACCAUUUGUUACAGCCCAAGCAACUAUCCAGACGCAAGACCAGAGACUUUACAGAAGACACAGGCAAUAUUGCAGCAUCUCAAAGAUCAAAUAGAUAAAGGAUUUCCCAUAAUUGGAGCUGGUGCAGGGACCGGUAUAUCAGCAAAGUUUGAAGAAGCAGGUGGUGUUGAUUUAAUAGUACUGUACAACUCAGGACGCUUUCGCAUGGCAGGAAGGGGCUCUUUAGCUGGUUUAUUGCCUUUUGCUGAUGCAAAUGCUAUAGUAAUUGACAUGGCCAAUGAAGUCUUACCAGUUGUCAAGGAGGUGCCGGUUCUUGCUGGAGUAUGUGGAACUGAUCCUUUCCGCCGAAUGGAUUACUUCUUAAAGCAGGUGGAAUCAAUUGGGUUCUGUGGGGUGCAAAAUUUUCCAACUGUUGGGCUUUUUGAUGGUAAUUUUAGACAAAAUCUUGAAGAGACAGGAAUGGGAUACGGAUUGGAGGUCCAGAUGAUUGAAAAGGCACAUAAAAUGGGUCUCUUGACAACUCCAUAUGCUUUUAAUGAAAGUGAAGCCAGGGAAAUGGCAAAAGUUGGUGCUGAUAUUAUUGUUGCUCAUAUGGGGCUGACUACAUCUGGGUCUAUUGGUGCAAAAACAGCUCUCUCAUUAGAUGAAAGUGUGUUUCAGGUGCAAGCUAUUGCAGAUGCUGCACAUAAGAUCAACCCCAAUGUCAUUGUGCUGUGUCAUGGAGGCCCCAUUUCUGGACCUAAAGACGCAGAAUUUAUAUUGAAUAGAACCAAGGGAGUUCAUGGAUUCUAUGGUGCAUCAAGCAUGGAGAGACUGCCUGUUGAGCAAGCCAUUACCAGCACAAUGAAACAGUACAAAUCAAUUUCCAUCAAAUGAAUGCCAAGGCGGGAUGUCUAUUGUAGGUCAUUAUCAUGUCCCCCUGUGUUACCCUUUCUGUCCCUGCCUGGAGAAUGAGAAGAAAUAUGUGUCGCCUGAUAUAAAGUUCAAAAUCCGCUCUUCCUUUUUCGCUAUGUACGAGUCUUGUAGAAUUGCAUGACUUUCUACUCCUCUUUAAAACAUGUGCGUAUGCUGAAAUGUAAUGCGAGAUAUUGAUGAGCUUGGAUUUUUCUUUGGCUGGCAUUUUAUUUUGAUUAAAAGCAAGGACCACAGACCAUUUGAACAGGUCAUUCUCCCCAGUCCAUUUUACCA